AGCGGUCUGUCCCGGCUGAGUGCGUCAGCAGCGUCACCGUGACGUACAUUGGCUGACGGCGAGAAAAGGAAACGUGAACUGCCGCAAGAAGCCCGAGCCCGUCUGUUUGUGUUGAAUGUUUGAUAAAAAAAAGCCGAGCUAAUAUAACCAAAAAAAGUACCAACGUUAAUGACUGGCUUUAAUGUAACUACCAAAGAUGGUAGUUAACCUCGAGUCAACACUGGAAGUGCUUCAGCUCGUUAAACUCUGCCUCGGUGAAGAAUGCCUUUGCUGGUCCGUUAGCUAGCUAGCGUUAGCUUCCAGGAUGGGCAACUGAACGCCGACCGAACGAGCAGAAAAUCAGUGUGCAAUGACUGACUCCUGAGAGGACUGUCUCUCGAAAAACGCGGCGAGAAAAGAGAGUUUUCGUGUGUGCCUUUAGCCACCUCCGAAGGGUGUCGGCGCUGUUUACAUGAUGAAGAACUGCGAGUACCAGCAGAUCGACCCACGGGCGCUGUCUGUGUCGCCCUCGUCCGCACAGAACCACGCCGGGAAGAGUGCGCAGCGGCCGCGGAGGAAAUGGGAGGUGUUCCCCGGGAGGAACAGGUUUUUCUGCGAUGGACGAAUCAUCCUGGCCAGACAGAGCGGUGUCCUUCCUCUGACACUGGGCCUUAUUGUUGUCACAUGUGGCCUUUUCUUUGCAUUCGAUUGCCCAUUCCUGGUGGAGCAUCUGACCGUCUUCAUACCUGUGAUUGGUGGGGUGCUUUUUGUGUUUGUGGUCAUCUCCCUGCUGAGAACCAGCUUUACAGAUCCGGGCAUCCUACCAAGGGCCACCCCAGAUGAAGCAGCAGACAUAGAGAAGCAGAUAGAUACCUCAGGAUCCUCUACGUAUCGCCCCCCACCGCGAACCAAGGAGAUCCUCAUCAACCAGCAGGUGGUAAAGCUCAAAUACUGCUUCACUUGUAAAACGUUCCGCCCUCCUCGGACCUCCCACUGCAGCCUGUGUGACAACUGUGUUGAGCGAUUUGAUCACCACUGCCCAUGGGUGGGGAACUGUGUGGGAAAACGCAAUUACCGCUUUUUCUACAGCUUCAUUAUCUCUUUGUCUUUUCUGACGUCUUUCAUAUUUGGCUGCGUCAUCACACACAUUACCCUGCGUUCUCAAGCAUCUAAAAGCCUUGUUCAAGCCAUUCAAGAGAGCCCUGGCAGUGUGGUGGAGUUGGUGAUUUGUUUCUUCUCCAUCUGGUCUAUUCUGGGCCUCUCAGGCUUCCAUACUUACUUAGUAGCCUCCAACCUCACAACAAAUGAAGAUAUAAAGGGCUCCUGGUCUAGUAAAAGGGCUGCAGAGGAGUCUGGGAACCCGUACAGUUAUAACAGUAUUAUAACCAACUGCUGUGCGACGUUAUGUGGCCCCAUGCCCCCAAGUCUGAUCGACAGAAGAGGCCUCCUGCCUCUUGAUGAGCCAAUCCCUGCUCCCUCUGCCUCGGAGAUGGAGCUGCCGCCAUUCGUCGCCAAGAACGACGCUCACAUGUGCACUCAGAGCACCAAAGACGUGCUGGAGAGGGUGGUCCACUCCUUUGACUUUCAUGGCCUGUGCCCCCCUGGCACCCCAAAGACCAGCCCCCUUGGCCCGGAGGUUUCCUGCACGGCAGCGGCACCUUCCCCACAAACUUUGCCCUCUGCCAGCUCCUCACUGCAGCAUGCCCGGCAACUCGUGCCCGCGCCUUGCCCUCCCUUCGGCAGUAGCGGCAAGAAGGAGAUGGACUCUCUACACUCCAUCAACCCAGCCUUCCGUCUGGCUUCUCCCUCGCCGUCCCUGAGCCGCACCACCCUGAUUCUGGGCGAUGCACCCGACCUUGGCUUUAUCCCACUACCCUGAAUACAUCCAGUAACUUUGAGAGAACAGAAGGAGUUCUAGUGUGCUUGAUGCUGCUCUGUAUCACAGGCUUCAAAGAAACUUUAACAUAGUGGUUGGUCAUGCUGUGUUUUGCCAUUCUAAUGAGUUGUUAAAGCAUCACCUGGAGGGGUUUUAUGUUCUGUGAGUUUUAUCAACACGUGUCCUUCGGGAUGGAGGUAAAUCUUAGUAAUACUCGGAAGCACAAUAUAGAGAUAUUUUUUUAAACACCUUUUUACAAAGACACCCAGAACAUGCCUCCACACCCUCCAUAGAACCUCAAGCCAUACGCCACAGCUGCAGUGUUUCAGUUCUCGCUAAUAUGCAAAAUCUGGGAAUACCUAAAGUACAAAGAGUGCAGAGAAGAGCAGAUUAGAUUUACUGAAGUGGUGCUCUGGAUAGUGAGCCAUUUCAGAAUAACGAACUCAAGAGUUAGCCUUAUAUCAUCAUGUCCUGUCACUUCCUGUCACCUACAUUAUCCCAGUAUUUAGAUGAAUGAGCAAUCAGUGUUGGAAGACAGAGGGUAAGGUGGAGUUUUUAUUUUAUUUUUUUAUAUAUACGUAUCAAAGUCUUUGCUGCGAUCAGUUCUUUAUGUCUCGUGCAUCAGAUGGUCUUAUAAAUGGUAAAUACUUUUUUUUUUGUGUGUGUAUCACAUAUUUUAAUUGGAAGUGGUACUAUUGAGUGAAUUUAUCCAGAUGUUUUCAUGUAUGACUGGAUACUGAAAUGAUUCAUUCAUGUACUUUAUAAUCUUCACUUUGUUGCUUUAUCAGAUUUCUUGAAUGUCAAAUCCAAGUGUUUCACCUACAACACCUACACCUAUCAAUGCGCUGCCGUCUAACAAGGCUUGGAUUGCAGUAUUUACCACAGACUCACUGUUUCCUGAGUGAGUUACACGAAUGCUUUCAGUACUAGCGUCUGUUUUUUUUCUUACCUUAAACUGUUAUGAGCGUGUCUGUGGUUACAGCCUUGAUGUUUGGAUUGCGUUGAGCAGAGUAAUGAUUUGGAAAUGUCUAGGCUUCUUUACACGCAGGGCAACCGUCAUUUUUAUGGCUGUGACCUUCUCUUCUUAGAGCAUGAAACUUAACCCUCUUGUCAGUGAAGCUGGCAAGAGUUAGUUUGUGCCACUAGGGGGCAGCAUGUGAUUGAGGAGGGCAGGCUUGUUGGAGGACAAUUUAGUAUCAAGAAAAUGUUUUCUUUAUUUUUGUGAUGUUUUAUUUAUUCUUUUGUAAGUGAGUGUUGGAGCUGUACAUAGGUUAUGAGUUCGUGAAGAGCCACCUUGCCAUAGUCAGUGGGUCAUUCAUCUAUCAGUCUGCAUCAAGACCCAUAGAGUGUGUACACAAUUACAAGCAGUGCUUGUAUGAACAAACUUGUUUGUAUUUUGUAGGAUGUGACAGUGGAACUGUAACAUUUGGUCAAUAAAAAGGAUAACUUUUGUUGA